GAAUUGACGUUUCGUAAAAUCGACCGAAAGGCAAAGGGAAAGUAGCCGAUUUUCGAAGAAAAUAAUCUGUCCUGAAUUUAAUUAUUUAUUAGAAUAGGUCUCCUAGUUAUAACUAAAUCUGAUAUACUACAGUGUUUGCAACUAGAACAACAAGCAACUGAAAACUUCAAGAACAGAGUUUGUUAUCUUCAUUCAGACAUGCCACCUCCACAGAAAGGAAAAGCGCCAACCAAGGGUGCCAAACAGAUCUUGGUGGAAAACACAGCCACCGUAAACUUCUACCGAAACAUGGCACUAGGAGCCAGCUCUUUCUACGGCAUAGUUACAGCUCUCCUGUACUAUGACAGCAUAUCACCAUGGAUCCUUUUCCUGAACUUACUUGUGAUGGCAAUUUAUGUUGGGUGCUACCAAAUCAUGCGGUACAUUAGCCGUCCUCGGUACUCUGACAACAGCCUGCUGGUGGAUCCUGGCCUUGAUUUGAACAUGGAAGGCGGCAUGGGAGAGCAUGUGAAGGACAUCGUGAUUCUUUCUUCAAUAACGCAUGUGCUGGCAGUGGUAUCGAAUUAUUUCUGGCUGUUGCUCCUCCUACUACCAAUCAGGGCUUUCUGGUUGCUGUGGUCUAACAUUCUCGGUCCCUGGUUCUUCCAAGAAGCACCCCAAGACACCGAACAAGAUGAAAAGAAAAGGAAAAAACUAGAAAGAAAAAUGAAACGGUACCAACAGUAGGCACUAAGUUAGUAGGUACUUUUUAAGUUGUACAAUUUGUAAAAUGUUUUUUUUUUAUUAAAUAGUUAUUUUGUAUUCAUAGAAUGGAAUUGGUUGUCUCUAUUUUUAAGGUUCCGAACCAACAGAAACAAUUACGAUGAUUAAUAUUGGGUUUAUUAAAUUUGUCCAUUUAUUCUCUUUGUUUGAUGGUCGAAUUGAGAAAAGUGAGAAUUAAAAAGUCUCACUAGUUCUACAUUUACGUGACUUAUUGCUUAAAAUGUUCGCUCCUCAUAACGUAUACCUAUGCAAAAUUUUAGUAAAAGGUCAUAAAUGUAUUUAAAUGACUGGCCAUCGAAGUUUUUUUUUAUAGUUAAGCUCAUAUUAAAUUGACUUUGACUGAACUUUUUCUUAAGAAUUAUAGGUGAUAUAUGAAUGAUAUUUUUCAUACAUUGAAAUACUACCUAAGUAAUAUAAGUAGGUAUUUAAAAAAAUAAACUAAUAUCUUACCGGUAGAUUUGCUAUAGGUAGAUACUCUAAGUAGAUAUGUAGUGUGGAAUUAACUGUAUUCAUAUUAAAUAUAAUUACUUUUUACGUUGAUUUUCCUUCAAGCAUUUUGUUUGUUUCCAUAGUCGUAGCAGUUUCUGAAUUAUUAAGACGUGUACUUCUUAGUUAAGAUGCACCAUGCGUUACAUAGUGAACAAGCAAUUUAAAUAUUAUAAUACAUAAUUUUUUAUUAUUUAUUUAUUAUUUUAUAAUAUCCGCUACCUGUUGUACCCACUGUUUGUAUUGAGAAUAACUAUUAUAGGUCCUAUGGUCCCUAUUAUGACCAACCAUAUUAAAGUAGCAAUGUGAACUUUCAACUAUUAAGACAAAUGAAUGUGCAAUUUAUGAACAAUGAUUACACUUACCUAUAUAAUAAUUAUAACAAUAAUGUAAUAUAUAAUAAAAAAUAUAUAUGAAUAGCCUUUA